AAGCUGCUCCAAGCCGCUGAGAAGGCGGAGAACAACUGCCUAGUGGAGAUUCUCGGAGCUGUUAAGCCGGCCCGCUCCUCCAAGUCUACCAUCACCUCCAUAGUACGAGGAUUGUACACCAAGAACGCAAAGUUGUUAACCAUCUUGGACGCAGACAUAAAGGAAGUGAUAGACAAUCCCGAAUUCGAACUCGACACCUACAAAGGGUUUGUCAAUAGUUUCAUUCUCUGGCUUGAUGCAGAUGCCAUGGUGUUGUUUGACAAGUACGCAGCCUUCAUAACCAGCAAGGAUAGCUACCACAACUUCACGAAUUUGGACAAAGUAGAAUCAUUUGCGGGACCCCUAACUAACUGUGUACAUUAUCUUGAUUUCAUUGCUGCCACUUCGAAUCUUUUGAGAAAUCCGUUUGUUAUCGAUAAGUUGUCCACAAUCAAGGAGUUCAUGGAAAGACUUCUUAAUAACUACCGAGAGCUUCUCGAGCUGAGCCGUUUGAAUGAUAUCGGUUUUGCCAACAUCAAUGCCUUCGUGACACCCACAACACCUACAGUAACCCACAAGCCUCCUUCCAGAGGCCCUCCCAAAGUCUCGGGUAUUUUCAAGUUGGAACAAAUUGUCGAAAGAACAAAAGAUGAGCCUCUUUUGCUUCACGACAAGGAUCACAAGGAAGUGCCCAUAGAGUUGGUUUUAUUGGAUAUUGGUGGCAGUAGAGGUUCUCAUGGUAAGAAGUACAACUCAUUGGCUAUUCUCCAGGUCCAUUCUGGAACAAAGGAGUUCAGUAGAUCGUUAAUGUUUCCUCCCUUUAGAGUCAACGAGGUAUCUGUAGAUUUCAAGAGGGAUACGUUGUUCUUGAAAGCUAUCAAUUUCUCUCAUCCCGAGAAUACAGACUCAGUUAUCUCCAUAACUGGGUUGGAUUCCCAGUUUUUGUAUGACUGGCACAAGAAGCUCACAGCCAUUUUCCCAGAGGAAGCAAAACAUUCGCCAGUAGGGGAGGACUCCUUCUUGAUUACUCCUGUAAAUAGUCCCACCAAGAUGGCAGGAUUAGGCAUCAAUGUUCUUUCUGACUCUGAACACAAACAGGACAUUAAGGACAGAGAAGAACAGCAAAAAUACCACACUCCACAGAAACCCAAGCUCUACAUCCAAGAGACUUCGGAGCAGUCGAGUUCACCAUUGUCACAAUUGGAAAAACAUUUCCGCAACUCGAUCCAGAAACUGAAUGGAACUAAUGAGAUACCAAUCUUGCCUCCUCCACCUCCAGCAUUCCAGUUGAGAAAACCAUCUUCGACUUCGAUUCAAUCUGAAGACUCUUCCGACUCAGCAAAGACUCAAUAUGAUCGCAGUUUGAGCAUCAUAGAAAAAACUGUUUCUUCAACUACAUUGGCUCGUUUGGUAUCGACAAAAGCUGACGGAGACACAUGCCCAACCAAGGUUAUAAACAAGAGAACAAUGGAAUCUUCCUUGGACUGUGAUGCGGGAGGACGUCCUAUUUCUUCUCAGGGCGAAAUCGUAGAUGUAGAAGGCACACCAGUAAUGAUUAAGGCUCCUACAUUGCCCAAUAUUGUAACAGAAACUGGUAGAUUAUCUUUGUCUGACAAACACCAUUCUGGACAGCAAACUAAAUUUUCAUCUGUUCCCGACCUUGCCACUGGCCGUAGUUCAAAUUUGUAUCAAUUGUCGACUGGCUCUGAAAUUGAUAUUUCUAAUUUCGGCAAGGACUACCGUCCUUCGUUUGCUGAAUCUGAAGUCUCCAUAAAUUCUAAAAAGGGAUCUUCUCCUUCUGUUGGGUCUGGCACCCCGGGAACUCAGAAGAAGCCAACAAGAAAAAAGUCGUUGUUCAACCUUUUCAAAAAGGGAUCUAAAGCAAACUUAAACGAUAAUUCCGUAGAUUCAGUUUCUACAAAUACCAACUUGGCAAACAAAUCAAUGGAUUCAACUUCGACUGAUCAAUCUUUUAAUUCCUUUUCCUCAAGCAUUUUGAACAAGAAAGACUCUGAUGAUUCGGUUACUUCGAGUAUUUCUACUAACGACUUGAUGAAGAAGGACUCGGAUGCAACUCUUAAUUCUUCAACAAAGAAUACAAUUCCAACUGCAUUUGCAUUGCCAUCUUCAACUUCAACAUACUUCUUCAAACAGUACAAGAACGGUUCAAGUGCAAGCCUCGGUCAACACAACGACUCGCAGACUAACUUGGAACUUCUAGAAAGCACAGAGGAAGAAUUGUUUGUGUCUGAUGAAAUCAAGUCCAUGAUCAACGACGAUCACUCAAUAGAAUUUUUCAUUACAGAAGCCACGCCCAAGGCGAUGAAGGUGUCAAAAUGGAAACCUAAGUAUGGUAAGUGGGAAAUGAUCACAGUUAACGAGAAUUUGUUUGCAAGAAUUGUUACCAACUAUCAUCUUAACAAGAGUUGGAUAAUAUUCUUCAAACAGGAUACUGAUGCAAACAAUGCUGAAAUUGAUAAGCCAAUCUUAUUGUUGGACAUCGUUGGAGGGCAAACUUCAGUCAAGCUUAAUGCUUUGGACUUGCAAAUCUCUUCCAUUAAUUCCGUUACUUCUGAAAAGAUGCAAAUUAUGGUCAGAUGCAAGACUUCGGCAUUGGGAAACAGCAUUCUUACCAACGUCAAUAAUGUUAUGGGGGUUUUGUCAGCAAAUGCAAAGAAUAAUAAUUACGGAUCCUUACAAAACUCGGAGUUAGCACCAUCUUCUUUUACAAUAACCUCUUCAAUAAUGGAUGGAAAGUGCCAACCAAGUGCAUCCACUACUUAUAGCAGUUUCAGUUCGAGUGAAUCAAGGUCAACCACUAAAUCGGCAAAACCAAUUUCGAGAAUGAAGAAAGGUGGCUCAGAUUAUUCAAUCAAUUCCCAAGAGGCGGCCAAUCUCAACAUCCUCACUAACCCUGACAACACCAAGUUGAUCUUGUUGAAUCAGAUGCCCGUCAGGUUGCAAAAGCAGCUAGAAUCUUAUAACAGCAUCAGCACGCCUUCUUCAUGGAAAAUUCUUUCCAUGUACAGUUUAACUGUAUAUCUGAUAACCGAAUCCUUCACCAACAAGUCAUAUUUCAACUUGGUGUUGAAAAAAACUGAUAUAGAGAGCAAAGCUGAAACAGAGUUCAACUGGUUGAUUCGUGAUGCAGAGAUGUAUAAACGUAUCGAACGAAUUGGAAAAGCAGGUUUACUUGUCAAAGUCACAAACGAUGAUAUUUUCAUGAUAGAAUGCAAGGGCCGAAAGGAAUUACACCAGUUAAUAGGCAUCUUCUAG